GUCCUAUUCUCUUCAUAGGUUUUUAAGAAGUCAGAUGCCCAACCCCCAGAACCUCAAGGCUACAGCAGCUCCCUCAAAGGAGAGUGAAACGCAGCCCAAUGGGAAAGAAAAAGAGCAAAUCAACCCCUGGUGCCGUAGAGGUGGUGGGGUUAUUUCCCAACUUCAACAGAACCCUGGAGUAAUGGUUAGUCCUUCAGCCAGUUUCAGUCCACCCUCACAGCUGCAGGCUCUUCUGGAAGAUAAGAAACAUACAGUUGUGUUCCAUCAACUCUCAAGAGACACAGCCUCCCAGGCUCCCAUAAUCCAUCUGUCACCGGCAUCUUCCACUUCUAUACUUAACCUGCAGCCUGCAAGGCUCUACCCUGUGAUGGCCAAGCACAAAAGCCAGCAUCCCAUUGCACAAGGAUUCAAUCUUACUAGCCUGGGUUGGGCGCCACAGGAAGCGCGGCUGAGAAAACCAGAAGAGGUUAUCCUGGGUAAAAAUACUUUUACAUCCUCAUCUUUGUGCCAUUCACCACCCAUCAAUACUGUGAAGACCCAGAAGAAAGCUGGAGGACAGAACAAGGAGAGGCACCUUUACAGUGACCAUCAUCUGGAUGACAAAAGCACAGUGCAAUGCCUUCUCCAGACAGAAGUGGUGCACAGACUAGAAGAAAAGCUUGCUGUAGAGAAACAGAGACUCCAUGACAUGCAAAGCCAGAUGAGUGGGAAGCUGAACACACACGACGUCACUCCGUCUAAGCAGAGGGAAUGUGGCCUUAUUCUGCACCCGACCCACCCCACUAUCUCGCCAUGGUCCAGCCUCGAUCUCUCCAGCCCCCUGCAAAAGGAAUUCUCUGACACCAUCAUGGCGCUAAGAAGGCAGCUUUGGGAGGGCAGCAGCCUCAAUAUAUUUCAGAACAUGGCUAACUGCAUGGAAUAUUACAAAACAAACAACGUCCGACCUCCAUUCACGUACGCCUCACUCAUUCGAUGGGCGAUAUUGGAGUCCCCGCAGAAGCAGCUGGCACUAAACGAGAUCUACCACUGGUUUACUAGAAUGUUUGCCUUCUUCAGAUAUAACACAGCCACAUGGAAGAAUGCAGUGCGGCACAACCUGAGUCUCCAUAAGUGCUUUGUGCGAGUUGAGAAUAUUAAAGGGGCUGUGUGGAUGGUGGACGAGUUGGAAUUCCAAAGGAAGAGGGGCGUGAGAAAUUCCCGCUGAUACUUAAUGCUUCCACUGGCUCCUGUACACAGGUUUCCUUGUGCCAAGUGUUGAGUAGGUCCUUUCUUAUUCGUUAAACUGCACCCUGAUCCCUUCUCAGACUGCACUGGAACUUGAUAUCCAGGACAACCAGUGUCACAUGAGUCUGAAAAAUGGGGUCUGACAACCGCAUGAAUUUUAAUAAAUAAACAUGGUGAAAUUAAA